GCCGGACAACGCCCAACCGAAACAACGACGCCAAGCGAAGCGAAGCGCCGGGCCGCCGGGAUACCAAACAAAUAGCCCUGCCGCACGAGGUGCACGACGUGGACCCCGCACGUCGGCGCGGGCGAUUCCACCGACUGCCCCCACCAUUUCCCCGCCGCCCGGCAACCGCCCGCGCAGCGCAGCCGCCUUGGAAACGACGAGGCCAAGGGAGCCAAAUCCCGGCACGGCAGGACUCAUCCACCUUUCCCCACCGAACAGCAACAACCACCCGGAAUCCGGUGGAAGAAUCGGCGGGGGAAUCCUCUCAGAUUCUGCGGGCGAUCGUUAUGCGCUGAUGGCGCCCUGCCCUGGCGGCGCGGGCGUGCACGCGCGCUGGACAGCGCGGGCGCUGGCCGGCGCUUUCCUCGACCUCGCCAUCGUCUACGCCUUCCUCUGCGCCGCGGCCGCCGCGUCCGCGGCCUCCGCCCUCCUCGCGCUCUUCCGCCUCCGCCUCCCCUGCACCUGCUCCCGCCCGCACCUCCCCUGCCUCUUCGCCUUCCUCUUCCGCUAUCCCUCCCGCGUCCUCGAGUCCCUCCUCCUCUCCCUCCGCUCCCGCUUCCCCUUCGUCUUCAACUCCGACGACGACAGGCAGGACGAGGGGGAGGACGAAGACGAGUCCGUCGAUGAGGAAGAGGAAGAUGUGAAUCUGAAGCGGGAGGUGGACGAGGGGAAUGACGUCUCGGUGCUGCAGCAGGAGCUGGACAAGGAACGCAGCGCCGCAGCAUCCGCGGCCGAGGAGGCCAUGGCGAUGAUCCUGCGUCUGCAGAAGGAGAAAUCGUCCUUGGAGAUGGAGGUGCGGCAGCAGCGCCGCACCUCUGAUGAGCGCUGCGCCUUCUAUGAGGAUGAGGUGGAGGAGCUCAAGGACAUCUUGCUCAUGAGGGAGCGCGAGACCAGGUCUUUGCAGAAAGAGGUGGAGUCCUACCGGCGUAUGCUUGGUCUCACCGGGGAUGAUGAUGACGAGGAGGUGGAGAUGAUGACGCCGCACAGUUACUUUCUAGAGGGCGAGCCAAGCUCUUCCAGAUCGGUUGAUAAGAAUGCGGGGGUUCAACCUGGGAAUAAUUCUGUCUUCAGCUUCCAGAAGCAGUUCGUGCGCCAACAAGUGUCGCCCAUUCGUGUGGGUCGUGUUAAGGAUGGGAAUGAGGACAGUCUGCCUUUUCAGGCACCUGGAGAAGUUCCUGUGGCCGGAUCGAAAUUGGGGGCAGAUAGAUGCGAAGAUGAUGGCACGGAGACGGUGGUAAUUCUCCCCCUAUCUGCCCGGAGUUUGUGCUUGCCCCAAUCUGCACGAUGUCUGGAUCAAGGUGGUGAUGUUGAAGUUAAUGCUGCAGCUGGUAUGAAAGGUAUGGAAGAGCUGACUGCUGAUGAAUUUCAGGAGGUGGACAGUGGGCGGCUAGACAGGACUUGCCAUGAUUUUAUGGCAAGCGACAAUGAUGCAAAUAUAUUUGAUGUGCAUGUUGUUGAUGAUAUUUGCUUCUCCACUGAAGUUAAAGGCCUGAUCGGUCGAAGCUUCUCUGACGCAACAAUGCAAGCAGACAAGUUGCAGAAUCGAGCUGCCACAGAUGAUCUCCUGGGGAAAAGUCUGAAUGCGAUCAAAGGUGCACAAAACAAGAUAAGGCUUGCAGCAAGUGAAAGGAGGCAAUCGUUACAGUUGCAACUCUUAGAGGAUAUAGCUGACCAACUUCAAGAAAUCAAAGAUGUUGCAGACGCGGGGCGACACUCACACUGUAUUUCUCCUAAAAUUUCAAAGAAAAGCUAGGACAGGCAUAUUUUGUCACGGCGGCACGGUUGAUGUUGUAGAUAUUUGUUUUCGUUUGUAGUCUCUCCUCUCGGCAUUACAUCCUUAAGGUUUGUUUGUUCUUUCAAAUUAAUAGUAUAUGGGUUGCUAAUGAUGCAAAUGCACAUAGAGGUUUACUGAGUGCUUGUAAUCAUAUGUUUGUCUUAAACUGAUUGUGUACUUUGUGUGCAGAUUAAUUUCUUAUUUGUAGUUUGAUCAGCAUUAAA